AUGGAGGCACACGACGACUACUUCAAGCUCAGAAGGGAUUGUUGCGACCAACUCUCUUUCUCGGCCAAGCAGAAGUGCACGGUUGCUCUGAGGAUGCUUGCACUUGGUACUGCUGCAGAUGUCGUUGGUGAGAUGGUCAGGAUGGGAGAGAGCACGUGCUUGAAGACUACUAUCAAGUUCGCCCGCGCCAUGGUGGAGGUGUUUGGACCCGAGUAUCUCAGAGAACCAAAUGCGCAGGACACGAAGAAGUUGUUGGCUAUUGGAGAGGCAAGGGGGUUUCCAGGAAUGCUCGGAUCAAUUGAUUUCAUGCAUUGGCAAUGGAAGAACUACCCCAAAGGUCUGCCGGGAAUGCAUCAAGGUCACACCAGAGAGGCCACCAUCAUACUAGAAGCAGUGACAUCACAUGACUUGUGGAUUUGGCAUGCUUUCUUUGGAACGCCCAGUUCUCACAACGACAUCAAUGUGCUUCAACGAUCUCCGGUGUUCAGGAGGCUUUGCAACGGGAAAUCACCACCGUGUAACUACACUGUCAAUGGCCGAGACUACAACAUGGGGUACUAUCUUGUCGAUGAUAUCUAUCCUCGGUGGACGGCGUUUGUGAAGACCAUAUCCAAGCCGCGUGGCAAUAAACAAAACCACUUUGCAACAAUGUAG